AUGAAACGAAAAUCAUUGCUGGUGAAAAUUAUCAAAAGCGUUGUAUCCAUGAAGAAGUUGCUAACGGUGGAUCCAUGCGAGAAGAAUGCUUGUCGAAAUGGCGGGACCUGUGUGGGAGGAGUUGGGAAACGCUUUACCUGCCUUUGUCCGCCACAUUAUACGGGUAAAACAUGCGAGAGCGAUUUGAAUGAAUGCGAAAUGUACAAUGGAACUGUUGCUGGAUGCCAAAACAAUGGAACCUGUACUAAUAAACCCGGCGGAUUUGAGUGUACAUGCCCACAAGGUUACCACGGUCCACUGUGCCAAUAUAAAAUGUCGUCAUGUUCUCGAACAUUCGAACUUUGUGGUCCUCACGGUCAUUGCGUUGAUAUUGAUAACACCGAUUCUACGACAAAAUACAAAUGCCUCUGUGACUGGGGCUACAAGGUUUCAUCGGAUCUGAAUAAUCCAACUUGCGUCGAUGUGAAUGAAUGCGAAUCCAAUCCGUGCCAUCCGGGUGUCGCAUGCAUCAAUCUUCCAGGCUCAUUUCAAUGCUCUGGUUGUCCAUCUGGGUAUAAAACUGAAGGAAGCUCUUGUGUGGAUAUCAAUGAGUGUGAUGCUGAAAUUCCGCCAUGCGAUCCGCUCUCAAGCUGCAUCAACACAAUCGGAUCAUUCCAGUGCCAGCCGUGUCCACCUGGAUACAGUGGCGAUGGUACCACAUGUGUCAAGGAAGAUGUUUGUGCGAACAACAGAUGCAACGAGCUGGCGACCUGCAAGUUCUCCGAAAGUAGCAUGAAUGCUGGAGGCUAUGUUUGCAUAUGCCCAGAAGGAUACGUUGGGGAUGGUCUCGGAUUAUCGGGAUGCACAAAGAGCAACAGCAGCGCUUGCCUUCAACACAACUGCGUGAAUGGAGGCAAGUGUAAGCCGGUGAAUGAUCGUUCCUACUUUUGCGAAUGUGGCGAGCAUUAUUCGGGACGAUUCUGCGAACAAGCCAACCCAUGCGCCUUUAAAAGUUGUCCGGGUGGACGAUGCGUUGUUACGGCGGGCGUUGGCCAAUGCGUGUGCCCAGAGAGAUUCUAUGGAAAAAAUUGCGAAAAUGAGGAGAUUGAAUGCGAUCGACAUUUUAAUGAGGGGAAUGGAAAUUUCACAUUUGCUCGUGAAAACAAUUCCACUUCAAUCUGCGAAUUCACAUUUGAUAUUCCCUCAAUCGACUCGGUUCUGAAAAUCAAUUUCACUAAUUUCGACGAAUUCACACAAAUUGAGCCAGGAAUCACCGAUUGCCAAAAAACCACAGGAAAUCUUACACUUUACGAUGGAAUCAAUGACAAUUCGCCACUUCUUGAUACAUUCUGCGGUGAUCAUAAUAGCGUCAAGGCUCCGUUAAUUAGCCAUCCGAUUACAAUGACAGCCUCGAGGGCGUUUUUGAGAUUCCGCGGCUCAUCGGGAACAUUCUCGAUCAAGUGGGAAACUGUGCAGAGAUCGUGCGGAUACCGAACAACAAAGCCUGAAGGCAUUCUUGAGGUGCCCGACAACAAAGAGGAUGCAUAUUGCGAGUGGUUCAUUUCGGCGCCGGCAACAAAAGUGAUUGAAGUGAAAAUUCCUUCGAUUGAAAUGAGCACCAAUCAAAGUUUCAACUGCGCGAGAAAUAAGUUAGAAAUUUAUGAUGGUUAUUCUUCAUAUGAUGCUCAUAGAAUUUCUCAAAUUUGCUCUUCAACAUUGGAUAAUCAAAUGGUUCGUUCAACAGGUCCGCAUUUGGUGGCCACCUUUUUUGCCGCCAAUCUUCUUUCCGCCAAACAAUCCUCGCCGAUACGAGGAUUCCAUUUGAGUUAUCGUUUCGUUGAUCCUGAUCGCGUUUGUGGCGGCGAAUUUGUGAACACUAAUGAUGAUUUCGACUUUUCUGGAGUUAUCGAAUCGCCAAAUUUUGGUAGCUUGUAUCCGCCGAAUAUGGAUUGCACAUGGAUUAUCAACGCAAGCCUUCAUAGCAAUUUCUCGAACAAUGAUGGUUUCCAGCUUAAGUUUACCACCGAUUUGUUCGAUGUAAAUUCUUCGUAUUUGUCGAUACUGCCAAGAUCUGCUGGUCCAUUCUUUUCCUACCGCCGAAUUCAUCCAUUUGGAUAUAAUCGUUUCAAUCGCUAUUUCUUAGAUUCAAGAUCGUGCGCUGAUGACUAUCUUCGGAUUUACGACAGUAAUCAUGAGUUGAAAUAUGAUGCUUGCAAUUCACACAAAUUGCCCGCGGAAUUUGUUGUUCCCGAUUCGGAAACUGUCCUCAGAUUCCAUUCAAACGGAGCCUUACAAGGGAAGGGUUUCAAGAUGGCGUUCGAAUUACAAUGCGAACAAACGUUCAGUGGAAAUGGUUCGUUCAGUUCGUGGAAUUUCCCACUUGGCGGUCGAGCUGGAAAAUGCACAUACAUCAUUCGAGCUCCUAAAACCCAUGUGAUUCAUUUGAAAUUCAAAACAAUCGGGCUUCAAGUGCUUCGUCAUCACGAGUGCUUCUAUUCAACGAAACCUAUUGAAACCUAUCCAAAUUAUGUGGAGUUUGAAGGCGGCCGUGUUGACAACAACGUCUUCAAUCGCCGCUAUGUAUGCCCAAAAUAUCCAUUUUUGAGUGAAAGUAGUGUUACUGUGGCUGCUUCGAGACCGCUUAAAAUCACCGUGGUCAGCGAUGGUGAUCCGAACUUCAAAGGAGUCUCCAUGGAAUACACAACCACUCAUGUCGGGUGUGGCGGCUUCUUCUCAGCUUCAUCUGGAACGAUUUCAUCGCCAAAUUACCCCGAAAAGUACCAUCCUCAUAUGCACUGCGUCUAUGAUAUCUACGCCUCUUGGUCUAGACGUGUCAAGCUCUCAUUUGAGACGUUUGAUUUGGAAACAACGACGUCUCCUAACUGCCUAUACGACAGAGUCGAGAUUUAUACGAAAUACGUGAAUGAGACGAACCAUGGAAAGUUGAUCGGCAAAUUUUGUGGAACUCUUCUACCGCCGGCGGUGUUCAGCGACACGAACACGAUGAGUGUCGUGUUCAUUUCGGAUCGCUCGGUUUCCGGUGUCGGCUUCACGGCGAAAUACGAAUCCGUCGAUCGAAAUGUGAUAUGCGAUCAAACAUUCACCGCGCCAUCGGGCGAAAUCACGUUCUACGACGAUGAGCACCGAUUCAGCAAGUGCGUCUAUCACAUUGCCGUUGAAGACAAUCAGCGAAUCCUGAUUAAAUUGAACAACAUCUCUGUGCCAUGCAGCACUUCUCGUCUGAAUAUCUACAAUGGACCAUUAGAGACAUCACCAGGGUUCAGCGAACUGUUCGAGGGCUCACAAGUGUGCAACUCACACCCAAUGACAUCGAUCAGAUCGUUUUCGAAUCGCGUUCUUAUCGUAUUCUCGUCUACUGACACAAGAGAAAAUUUCUUUAACAUUUCCUAUGAAGUCGCUUCCAUUGGCUGCGGUGGAAGAGUUGAUGGUCUCUCUGGUAGCGUAUCUGCUCCGCAAUAUCCUCUGACUGAUGGACGGCAAAUGCUCUGCGAAUGGACGGUGGCGGUGGCACUCGGCAACCGCGUUCUUUUCUCAAUUGCCGCUCUCGAUGACUUGAAAUCAUCGGACCCUCAAGGAUUUUGCCCGCUGUUUGCCCAGAAUCGCCUUGAUAUUCUCGAUUCUCCGCAUGGUCCCGAAAAGUUGCUUCGACGAUACUGUCGAAAGGAAAUUGCACCCGAGCCAAUAUUAUCGGACGAUAACGAGAUUUUGAUUAGAUAUCGUCAAAUCGGUGGAUUUACAAAUGGAAAAAUUUUCGGAUUCCUCGGUCAUUUCCGAACAAUUUGCACUGGGAUAGUUCUUACCGAUCCGAUUGGAUCGAUUCAAUCGCCUGGAUAUCCGUAUAAAGUGUACACGGUGCAGUAUUGCACGUGGCAAAUUCAAGCACCAAAAGGAAAUCGAAUUGUGGCGAGAUUCCAUAAUUUCCUGGUUGAUAAUUCUUAUGUAUAUUCCAAAGAUUGUGACAAAAAUGGAUUGAAGAUCGAUGAUACCACAUUUGGAGAAGCUGAAGUACGCACAAAAGAAAGUGUGAAUGUGACGUCGACGUUGAAUAAAUUUUGCGAUUCCACUGGAAGUCCGAUUACAAUAAAGUCCAAGCACAAUGUGAUGAAAUUGACCUAUCGAAGCAAUCAGCAAACUAACAAAUUUUGGCUGAGCUGGAAUAUGAUUGGAUGCAUUGCCGAUAUCCGAGUGCCGCAGAAUAUUAUAAUUCAGCACGACGAUUUGGAUUUGGAGAACACGGACGAGUUUGAGUGUCAGUACAAGAUUGUCGCGCCGAUUGGCAAGAAGAUUCAAAUUCAAAUCAAUCAGUUCCAAAUAAUUGCUCGAUCCAAAAAUUGUACAUAUUCUCAAAAUGAAGGGAUCAAUGGAAUUGCGUUCUUCAUGGGAACCUCGAAUUCGUCGGGAAUUGCCCCAAAAACGAUAUGCGAAUCUGUCGAGAAUACUAGUUAUGAUUCACAUAUGAAUGAAAUGUUCAUUUAUAUAUCGUUAAACAAGAAUAAUCUGAUCAGCUCCGAAUGGAAAGUGUUCUUCAAUGCCUCGGUUAAAUUUUUGGAUAUCGAGAAGGACGAUUGUGGAGGAACAAUCGAUCUCAAAGUUGGCCAAAUCACAUCGAUACAUUCGCCGAACUACCCUCAAGCUUAUCCGCCGGCGAUCGUCUGCAAUUGGUUGUUCAAAGCGCCGCUUGGCUAUCAUAUUGAGUACACUUUGAAGGAAUUCCACUCACCAAAUUAUCACGAGGAAAAACAGCAGAGGGUCAGAAUCGAAUCGGCAAGUUGUUAUAAGUACAUUGGGUACUCUGAUGGCCUCCUGACCGCCUAUUUCAAUUCGAGUGAUAAAUCGGCGGCCGUGAUGAAGUUCUGCGCUGAGAACGACAAUUCGACAACGUUUGAGGUGAACUCAUCCGAAUCGUUGGUUUCAUUCAUGGGUGCCAGCAAUUUGAUGGGAACGAAGAGCGGCGAAACCCGCAAGAACAAGGUUGGAUUCGUUUUGACCGCAACACCAAAAUGCGGAGGAAUUCAUUACGCCGAUUCCGAACCGCAAACGAUUAGUAUGUAUCAUCAAGGAGAGAAGGAAUGCAUUGUGACUAUUCGCAAAAAGGAUCCAAAGGACCCAAACAUAUUGGUGAGGAUUGACGAGUAUACCAGAAUGAAUGUCGCGGAUUCUGUGAGCGUAGAAGACAGACUUGAAGUUUUUGUGGAAGAAAUUCCCAAGGCCAUCAUUCAAAUCGACGAUGAGACAAGGAUGCAAGAGUUCAGCGCGAAAAACGAGAUUCGGCUGAAAGUGAAUCAUGCGAGUGCCCCUCAUACCGCAAUCAUCACAUUCUCCACUGAUAUCAAAUCUUGUGGGGGAACACUUCGUCACAACAGCAAUUUGAUUCGUCUUCCACCUCGGUUCGGAAUCGAGAAUGUCGAUUGUGUCUACACUCUUGAGAACACCCAUAGCAAUCUGGUUCAAUUGGAAAUACAAAAACUGAAAUUGGCUCCUUCUAAAAAUUGCACGGUUUCUUAUUUGGAAAUCAGAGAGUUCAAUUCGACGGGUAAACUUUUGGGUCGAGUUUGCAACAACGACUAUGAAAAGUAUUAUAUUAGCCAAUCCAUUUGGCUUCUUUUGCGUCACGUUGUUCGACAUGAGGACGAUCCAGACUACGAUUAUGAUUCGAGUAGUAAUUUGCCAACUGCAGAAUUCGAGGCGAAACUAUUUAGAAUUACACCGGAAUUGACACUUACUCGUAAAAUUGUGAAACCGAUCACGGAUCGUCCACAGCUGGCCACAAUUGCAAUUCUUUCUCCAAAUAGUUCAUUAGGAAUUCUAAUCAAAUUCCAAAAAGUUUUCCUCGUCAAUUCCUCGUCUUUCCUCAGAUUUUCUCAAUCUGACGAAAAUGAUCAUAUUGGCGAUUCAACGUACAAAGAGGUUACCGGAAUUGGUGAAAGAUCGGACAUUUUCCUACCGUAUUCAAUUGUUUAUGUCUAUGCGAAAUUUGAUGUCAAUGACGACUACCAAUUUACAUGGGAUAACGUUCCAAUGGAUUACUUAGAAACGAGAAACAACACGAAUCAAACGGAUCAUGAUGAGUACGACUGUGGUGGUGUCCUUCGGCCGAAUUGGGAUUGGCAGACAAUAUCGAAUCCACUUCCACCGGGACAGCAUUACGGUUAUGAGGAGAAUAUGCGAUGUCGAUGGAUCAUUGAGCGUCCGUUAUUCGCCGGAGUCAAAUUUGAAUUUGAGUUUUUGGAUUUGGAGUAUGGACCCAAUUGUCCGUUUGACUAUGUUGCAUUCGUUGUGGGAAAUGAAGCAGACGAUAUGCCUUCACUGUCAAAUGUCGGACAGCGGUUUUGCAAUCAUCAUACAACAUCGAGCAUCGCGUUUUCAGUCAAUAAGUUUGUCAAUGUGAUCUUUGUCUCAGAUAAGUCGAGACAUGGAAAAGGAUUUAAGCUGAAAUACACAUUAACGUGCUCAUCGUUUGAGCAUAUUCGUCCUGGCGCUCCUUUCGAACACACCAUGACCAGUCCGACGUAUCCUGAUAACAAUAAUAAUCGGGAUUUCGAGUGUCAAUGGAGUUUGAUUCUCGAAACGAAUCGAAAAUUGUUGGUCACCGUAAUUGAUAUGGAUAUUGAAGGAGAAGAGCCGUGCAAACAGGACAAUGCCUUGAUACUGGGAUUCAAAAUAUUGAUUAGCGAAGUUAUCGCCGAAUGCCCUUCGGGUGUAUUGCAACUCAACGAGAAUACUCCACUUCGAUAUCUUCGAUCACCGAAUUGGCCAGAAAUGAUUCCUCAUUCAACGGAAUGCGAGUACGUCAUUGCCGCGCCGAAUGGCCGCCGAGUUGCAUUAACAUUCAACAACGAAAAUUUCCAAUUGGAGGAGAAAGACGGAGAAUGCACUGAUUUCGUGGAAGUUCGCGAUGGUCCGACAGCAGAAUCGGCGUUAAUAGGAGCAUUUUGUGGUGUGCACCCGCCGUCAACCAUAUACUCGUCGGCAAAUUUACUCUACGUGAGAUUGCACACAAGUCAGUUCGAGAAUAGCCCUCGUCUGGAGGCCACCUAUGAGAUCGCGACGUGCGGUGGUACUGUUGUCAUUCGGAACAAUCAAACGACUCGUGUGACGUCGCCGAAUUAUCCUGAAGCGUAUCCUAAUCCAAUGCAAUGCCAGUGGACAAUCAGAAGCCCCAAUUCGCAUUUGCUUCUUGCAAAGGUUGAUCAUCUAUGGGUUUCGUAUAAUCAAAAUUGUACAAUUGACAAGUUGACGAUUCGUGACGGCAAUUCCACUGCUGAUCCACUAUUCCGGCCAUUGUGCAAUGGAAGAGAUGCUCCCGAUGUGUGGACUCGAAGCUCCUCGAGCUUAUUAACUAUGCAAUUCGAGUCAAAUUCGACCGCAGCGAAGGGCGGACGUCAAUAUUGUAAGAAUCGCAAGUGUGGAUUCGAUGUUGAAUUUAAGCUAAGCGAGACGAAAUGCGGCGGAAAAAUCAGCGCCAAGAAUGGAAUAAUCACACCGCCGGGAUACCCGGGAAAACUGCUUCCGAAAGUGAAGUGCGUUUGGAAUCUCGAGGCUCCUCCUGGAUUUGUGUAUCGCCUUCGCUUGAAUUUCACCAAUACUGAUGGUUGGCAGAAAAGCGUCUCGUUUGGAAUGGUUUCUUCACUUCUUUGCUUAAAUGAUUUGACGAUAUUCGAAGGAACUGCAAUUGAUGGGGACUAUACCCAAAUGAGCUAUCAAUUCUGCAACACAUCAACCCAGUAUACAAUGUCAUCCGAUAUUGGGCGUAUUGAGUACGAUGAUAUAAUGACGAGAAAAUUGAUGGCGACUCUCAGAGAGGUGCCGCCAAAUAGCACGUUCUAUGCGCCAUUUGCUAUCCAUUAUGAUCAAAUUCCUGCUGAUACCUCACCUACUAGUUGUUCGGCUUUGAUCAACUCGAAUCGCACUUUUAAUUUUAGAACUCGUCAACCUGCCAAUAAGACAAAUACGUUCAACACUGCCCAAUUCUGUCAUUUGAAAAUUCAAAAGCCGAAGAAGUUUGGAAGCACAUGGAUCAAAAUUGGUGAAAUGUUGCCGAGACCCGACGGAAUCAAGCUCAGAAUUUGCAUGUUCUUCGAUCAAAUGAUUUAUAUUCAAUCAAAAUCGCCAGUUCCCGUCAAUUUCCGUAGUUGUGAAGCUAUAAUGAAGACGAAUUACACCGAACUCGUCUAUGUGAACCCUGAUAUCGAUGUAUACGUGAAGAAUUCCAAUUACGAUACUCAUGAUCAGAGCUUCAAAUUGAUUGUCGAAUUCCAACAAUGCGGUGGAUAUAUCAAAAGUCCGAACACUGGUAAAAUCACAAGUCCAAACUAUGGACCAGGACGAAAUUAUUUGCCAAACUCGCGAUGCAAAUGGAUUAUUGAAGCUCUGGAAGGCCAGAUUGUUAAGGUCACCAUUCGUGAAAUGAAAAUUUCAUACAAUUACGAAUGCACUGAAGAUCAUUUGAUUAUUGGCGAAGGAAAACAAGGCAAUCCGAUUCACAAAUAUUGCCACCGAAUCGAUGGGGUCAAUGAGAUGAAGCUUGAUGAUAGAUUUAAGGUAAUUAAAUCAAAUUCAAGAUACCUAACAUUAACAUGGACGACUGAUGACGAUAAAGAAGAUGCCGGAUUUGAAUUGGAAUAUGAGUUUGUCAAUGAGCAGAAUACUUGUGGUUUCCACACUCAGGGCAUGAGCGGUGUCGUGCACACUCCGGAUUUCGGCGAGAAAGACUAUGAGAAUCAGCUAGAGUGUGUUUGGGAUGUUCAAGUCCCUCUUGGCUAUCACAUCAAUCUGCAUUUCACCCACUUCGAUGUUGAAACAUCUGAAAAAUGUGUUAAAGAUCAAUUGGUGAUUUCGCAAGAACACUCGUCGCGUGCCAAUUCGCCUCUCGGCGAUUAUUAUUUCUUAUUCCAAGACGAGGAAAAGAGGGAACCGAUUUGUGGAAUAAUCACACCGCCGGAUAUCGUAUCGGAAAGCAAUCGAGUUCGAUUGAACUUCACCACUGAUGAGUUUGUUACCGGAAGGGGAUUCCGUGUGGAAUGGAAAGCAGAGUGUGGAACUGUAUUCCGAUUGAAUCAUGGCGUUGUGUCAUCGCCGAACUAUCCCGAUGGAUAUCCGAACGAUAAUAAGGAGUGCCUUUAUUACAUUCAACCAGCUGAUGGGGACCUGUUUUCGGUCGUCUCUAUCAAAUUUAUGGACUUUGAUCUUUCCGAAUUUACAACAUCCUAUGGAAGAUAUCCGUGCGAUCGCGACUACGUCGAAAUUAUUGAGGUGCUCAAAAAUCGCACACAUUUGACAAUUUGCGGCGGACAAGAUGCACCCGCCGAGGCGUUGAGCAUUCGAGGGCCGGUCGGCGUUCGAUUCAGUGUUGGAUCGCAGUACUGGAGAAAAGAUGGCCCCAACAAAAUGCAUCGGGGCUUCCAGUUAAGCUACUCAAUAAACAAGUGUGGAGGUGAUAUUGUAUUUGAGGAUGAGUUCUUUUCAAAAACACUGACCAGUCCAGCAUUUCCUCUGGAAUAUGUUCAUUCAUUGAAUUGUGUUUGGACCAUCAAAGCUCCAUCGGAUCGCAUAAUUGAUGUCAAGAUUGAAUUGAUGGAUCUUGAAUAUCACGAUGACUGCUCUGCAGACUAUGUCGAAUUCUUCGAUUCUGCAGAUGUUCGAGGAAACAAAAGUCUUGCGAAAGUUUGCUGGGCAAAUCGAAAAGCGAUUAGUGAUCGAAUCCAAUCGACUGGAAAUGAGAUGGCUAUUCAAUUUGUUACCGAUGAAACUGUGAAAGGCGGAGGAUUCAAGCUAGUCGCCACCGCGACACUUGGACCGAAAGCUGGCUGCGGUGGUGUCCUCAAGGCCACUGAUGAAUGGAACAUCUUGUCGCCACCGAAAGGCGCGAAUGGAGAUUAUCCGGGUGGUUUAAGGUGUGGAUGGACAAUUAGUGGUCCGAUUAAUAGCAAAAUCGAAAUGAUACUCAAAAAUAUUGACACCGAACCACUUCAAUUCUUACCGGGUGGAAGACCCGAUUCCGUGUGCAUUGAUGCCUUAACGAUUUACGAUGGUCGCGAAAAUUUCUCGCCAGUGUUAUUAGGAGAUAUUUGCGAGGACACUGUGUCGCUGCCACUCCGCUUGGUGUCAUCUCAUCGACAUGUGUUCCUGAAAUUCGAAAGUGAUGACGAUGGAAGUGGAAAAGGAUUCAACAUCUCUUAUCGCACCUUGGAUUCCGAAUGCGGUGGUUGGUUGACUGCCCAAUCCGAGCCAAGGUCGGUGGUCUUCCAUUCGAGACCACUAAACGAUACCAAUGAAAUUCAACGCUGCCGUUAUAUGAUUGAAGGGAAUAAAAUGGCGCCGAUAAUUGUUCGAUUCAAUCACAUAUUCAUUAUGUCGAAAGACGACUGCUCCGAGUCGUAUGUCGAAAUCCGUGAUGUCGGUUCUCUGAAUGAAUGCCAACAUCCAGCAUGCGCCCGUGAGCCGUCUCAACGAAAAGUUACUCGGUAUUGUGGUAUGAUGGCACCACCUCCACAUAUUUCGAAUACCAACGUUGUCCAGAUUAUCGUCGCUGCAUCGAUACGUCCUAAUAAAAGAGCUGCGCUCAACUUUAGUUAUGAGCUUCUCGAUAAUUGCAAUCGAACCAUUGUGAUUGAUGAAGAGCCGAGCGGAAGAUUGACAAGUCCCAACUAUCCGAAUUCGUAUUCUAGUAAUUCGACAUGUCUCACAAAAUUGCAGACAAAAUCGCGAGUGCUUAUUGCUUUCUCGAAAUUCAAUUUGGAAGGUCAUCGGACACCUAAUACUGAAUUGUGUGAAUUUGAUUAUCUUGAGGUAACCACAUCUGAAAACACAAAUCGCUAUUGCGGACCUACGACAGUUCCAACAAUUUUCACGAAUGGGGAAAAUGUUGAUUUUCUUUUCAAAUCUGAUCAUUCUUCUGAGCACGAUGGAUAUGAUGCAACAUACUUCAAAGUUGAGAAAUACGCUGACGAUUUGGUACAAUUCUACGCGAAUUACGAUCGAGAAGGAAUUGUGACAAAUAUUGGAUAUCCGAAAGGAUAUAAUAAAUCCAGCACACAAAUAUUCUUCAUCAAUCCGCCAUUCAGUCAUACGUGCGAAUUCGAGAUUGUUUCAGUCGGUUUGGGAAUUACUAGUGAUGUGCAGAAGUGUGAAGCUCAAGAUGAAUACUUAGACUUUGAGUUGAUGGGAACAAUCACGAAGAAGGCCAGAAUACGAGAUUGCAGUUUUGAAACUGGCAAGAAGUCUUCAAUAAUUCCAUUGCCACCCGAUACACUCCGAAUGUUGAAAAUCACAUUCCAUUCCGAUGACGACCCGACGAAUGAUGGUCGAGGUUUCGCAAUCAAGUGGAGAUGUCAGGAUUAUGUAGAAGCUUAA